AGCUAUUUGCAUAACUGCCAGGUCAUUCUUAGCUACAGUAUAAGUGUGUGUGAAGAAGAAGGAUAACAACAACAAGUCAAAGGGUUUGGCUACUUCACCAAAAGAGCAAUGACUAACCAAGAAUGGAUUAGGAUUUUUCAAUCAAAGGUCAAUAAUCUGAAGAGGAAUAAGAGAGACCGCUGGCGUAUCGAGUUCGAUGAAUCCAUUAAGGCAGACAAUGUGAAAUUUGGCUGGCAUCAGUACAUCAGUGGGGCAUUUGGAAGGUUCAAGUGCUCCAAGUGUAACAGAAAUUGGUCCUCUGGCCGGGUGAAUGUGGUGUUUCACAUGCAUCUAUCGUCAGGGCAGGGAAUGGUGAAAGUGCGAUGUUUGCGUCAGGAAUGCAGGCAAUGUGACGGCGCACUUAUGGAGGAGGCCAGUUUCGAUGAGGAGAAACUCGAAGUCCUACUGGAGAAACUGAUGGAGAAGAUUCGUGUCAAGUGCUACCGCGAGAACCUGGGCAAGAGAAACAGACGUGAUUUCGAUGACGAAGACGAUGAAGGUCCCCCCCAUGAGAGUGCCCAUUGCGAAGCUUGCAGUAUGGGCCUUUGCACAAAGCGUUUUAAAGCCCGGUAGAAUAUGGUAGAAAUAGACUGGUAUACGCCCUAAUACACUUUUUUUUAUAAUAUUUCUCUUUGUUUACUUGUCUAUAUCUAGUGGUCAUUGGGUACACCCUAAUGUCUGAUUGCUAAAGCUAUUUGUUGAUUAAAUAAAUGCAGUGAGACACUGGUGGAACUGGUGGAAGAUAAGUGUGGCUGCACAGGGCACAACGAAAGUGGAAUAAGAGCCUCAGCAACGUGAGAUUAGAGAGGUAGAGAAGGUUCCUCAGCUAUGUGGGGUUAAAGAGGUAGAGAAGGUUCCUCAGCUAUGUAAGGUUAGAGAAGUAGAGAAGGUUCCUCAGCUAUGUAAGGUUAGAGAAGUAGAGAAGGUUCCUCAGCUAUGUGGGGUUAGAAAGGUAGAGAAGGUUCCUCAGCUAUGUAAGGUUAGAGAAGUAGAGAAGGUUCCUCAGCUAUGUAAGGUUAGAGAAGUAGAGAAGGUUCCUCAGCUAUGUGGGGUUAGAGAGGUAGAGAAGGUUCCUCAGCUAUGUGAGGUUAGAGAAGUAGAGAAAGUAGAGAAGGUUCCUCAGCUAUGUGAGGUUAGAGAAGUAGAGAAGGUUCCUCAGCUAUGUGAGGUUAGAGAAGUAGAGAAGGUUCCUCAGCUAUGUGAGGUUAGAGAAGUAGAGAAGGUUCCUCAGCUAUGUGAGGUUAGAGAGGUAGAGAAGGUUCCUCAGCUAUGUGGGGUUAGAGAGAUAGAGAAGGUUCCUCAGCUAUGUGGGGUUAGAGAGGUAGAGAAGGUUCCUCAGCUAUGUGAGGUUAAAGAAGUAGAGAAGGUUCCUCAGCUAUGUGGGGUUAGAGAGGUAGAGAAGGUUCCUCAGCUAUGUGAGGUUAGAGAAGUAGAGAAGGUUCCUCUACUUGUGAUUCAUUUGAAGAGGAAAUGGAUUGCCUUUAUUUUGCAGCUGUUCCAGUGUGUGUACAAACAAUGUGUCACGUCCUGACCUUAGUUCCUUUAUGUCUCUAUUUUGGUUUGGUCAGGGUGUGAGUUGGGGUGGGCAUUCUAUGUGUUUUUUCUAUGUUUUCUAUUUCUAUGUAUUUGGCCUGGUAUGGUUCCCGAGGCAGCUGUCAAUCGUUGUCUCUGAUUGAGAACCAUACUUAGGUAGCCUUUUCCCACCUGUGUUUUGUGGGUAAUUAUUUUCCGUGUGUGUUCGUGUGCACCUCGGGUUGUGUCACAGUCUUUUUUUUCUUUUUUCUGUUUACCUGUUUGUUUCUUCGUUGUUUCGGUGUCACUUUCAUUAAAAAAUGUGGAACUACA